CUUGUUGAACGUGGAUUUUAAACGGUAGAAAGAAACACGGCGAACAGCUGGAGGCGACGUGUUACUCAUUAGAAAUUCAAUUAAACAACAGCACCAGGCCGCUGCCGAAAUGCCAAAUUUGAGAGACGAGUCCGCUGAUGAUUCCCCCGCUGACCUCCCCUGUCUGGAAAAACUUGACUCACCUACAGGGAGCCCACCCACCGCCUCAUUAUCCAGUCUGAUGGAGCUGGAAAAUUGUGUUUCCAACCUGAGCCUCGCACAUGAGAUACUGGUGAACAGAGACUUCUGCUUCAAACCCAGGAGCCCUCCCACCGACAGUCUGGAGGGUAGAGUGACGGAGAUGAUGCACCGUGCGUUCUGGGACAGUCUUCAGGAGCAGCUGAGCAGUGAUCCUCCAAACUACAGCCAUGCUGUCAUUCUGCUGCAGGAGGUCAAAACUAUGCUUCUGUCUCUCCUCCUGCCGGGCCACGUCCGACUGCGGUCCCAGCUGGAGGAGGUGCUGGACAUGGAGCUGAUCCAGCAGGAGGUCGACCACGGAGCUCUGGACCUCCACAGGCUGGCAGCGUUCGUUAUCAACACCAUGGCGUCUUUGUGUGCUCCGGUGCGCGACCCGGAGAUCAAGGCACUGCGGGACCUGGAGAACCCUGUGGAGCUUCUGAGGGAGAUCUUCCGCGUCCUGGGCCUGAUGAAGACGGACAUGGUUAACUUCACCGUCCAGAGCCUGAGGCCUCAUCUGAUGCAGCAGGCCGUGCAGUACGAGAGGAUCAAGUUCCAGCAGAUCCUGGAGCAGCAGCCAGAUUCUCUGGAUAAUACCACCGCUUGGCUUCAGGCAGCAGCAUCAGAGGAAUCGUCGUCUCAGUCAGAUUCUCCCGGUCCCCAGAGCCGAGGUCCUCUCAGCGCCACCGCCGUCCUCAACCGAGCCUACAUCCGUCUGCUCCGCUGGGACCCGCAGGACCAGAAAUAUCCCGAGACGGUGCUGAUGGACCGGGCCCGUCUGGACGCUCUGGGCCGCCGGCUCCGCACGCUGGUCCUGGAGGCGUCGGUGCUGCUCCUGACCAGCGCUCAGUGUGGCGGCAGCGGCGUUUUCUCCCUGCAGGGGUUUGUAGGUAAACUCAGGCAGUCCGUCACUGCCCUGCUGGAGGGCAGUCACACCAGGGAAGCUGACCUGAAGACGGCCCUGUUGGGACUCGGGGAGACGGUACUGCAGCAGGUGACCGAAGGUCUGAGCGCCCAGGGAGGAGCAGCGCUGCCUCAGGAGAACCAGGAUCUGCUGAAGGGACAAAUAUCCGACCUGUGGAAGCACAACAACCCCGUCCGCACGCUUCUAGGAGAACGAGUCCAGGGCUUCCUCCAGGCCACGCUGCAGGGCGGCCCGGCUAAAAGGAAUCCAGAUCUCCCUGCUCCCCUCGGGCUGGUGAGCGCCGAGCUGGCCGAGCUGGGGACGGCCUUCGGGCGAAUCGUCCACUUCAACCGAACAGUCUUCGGCCCCUUCUACGCCCCCAUCCUCAGGAAACUGCUGUUCCCGCCAGGAGAGGCCGAGGACGGGGAGGACUCGCGCUGAGCCGAGUGUGACCCAGACAACCGGCAGUGACCCGAACAUGAGCUGCAAUUUGAUGCUGGAUGUGUAGCUUUAGAGUGUAAAUACAGUGGAUGAAACGAGAGGAACUCAGUUGUCAGAGGUCAAACCCAAACUGUAAAACAGGACAGCUGAUUUAAUAUUCCUUCCUCUGUUGUUUGAGAAUCUUUUCAGGUAUUAAUUAAUCGAUUAUUAUGGUGCAGUUCAACCACAGGUGUGUGCAAGACAUUAGGAUAAAAUAGUGUUGGAAAAAAAAAGAGACCAAUAAUAGUUUUCUCAUGAACCGGAGUUACAGAUUCAGUGGAAACAGUUUAUAGUGAUCACAGAUCAGAGAAGUCAUAAUACAUGAGAGCAUAUGAGAAAUAAGUCUGAAAGUAUAGUAAUAAUUUUCUUUCCUCCCUGAUCGUUGACCUCGCUAUAACUUAUCUGCUUGAAGUCAUGAGGUGAUAAAGAAUGUCAGUCUCUUUCACUGACAAAUGUCGUCUCCCCAAACCUGCCAAACGGCCAUAAACGAGAGACGGCAGCAGACGUUUCCUCAUCCUACCUCAUGAAAUCUCAUCACACAAUGAGAAACAGUCAUGGCUGCUAGUGAUGGAAACACAGGACACAGGAAGUGGUCCAGUUCCGUUGCAGUUACAUAACAAUCAAUCAAAUAUUAAUUAGAUGUUAAUCAUGUUAAUCAUUUUGACCCAGACCCGUGUGAUCACAGUAAGUGUUUUCCACUGAAUUGCAAAGUGUGUUAACGAGAAAAUUCAUUCAUCUCUGAAUCUCAUGUUUUUUAAAGAGGCCGUGCCAAAGAAAAUAUGCUAACUUUUUGUAAAUACUGUAUCACUUAAGCUUUAAUAUGUGACUCUUUAUCUUUAUGGUGACAGAUGUUUAUGUGUAACUUACCACAGGCAGUUCGCACUUUUUAUAUUCAUAUAUUUUUCUUUUUGUUGUUGUUGUUUCUUUGCACUUUUGCUUAUAAACCAAAAAAAUGUGUUUUCUACA